AUGGCCGGAGCAUGCAUGCAUGAUAUCACAUGGACCGAUGAAAUCCUGGAACCAUGCAUUGGUGAAAACGGACUAGUACCACCAUACCAGCAAUGCCUGUGGAAUGUUUUCGGGAGCAGUCCGGCUAGCACGAUCGAGAUUCUCUUGACUCCAGAGGAUUUCGGGGAUUUCUCAAAUAGAUCAUUGGUUUUGAGGAUUGGCUUUGGCUACAAGGAUGACUUCCCAUCGGGACCUGAUGAAACAGUCCUGGCUAGAUUUGACUCCCCUGUCUCGGAGAACACAACUGUGAUCGUGGAGGGCGGAGAAGCCUGGGUGGACGUGCUCACCCGACAAGAAAUAGUCCCUUUUCGAAUCUUCUCUACUAUUAAAAACGAAGCCUUUACGACGACGACAACGACGACCAACCCGUGUGAGGGAGCCAUUGGGGAUCCUUGCCAGGAACAUCAGGACUGCCGUGUGAACGAACACCUUUUCUGCAAUCCUUCCCUUCUCAAGUGUGACUGUGCCGAUGGAUACAUUUUUGACACAGAUAUCCUCAUGUGCGUGACUGGAGGGAAAAGAUUGGGCGAAUCGUGUUCGGACGAUAGCGACUGCAACCUCUACAACCAGUGCGACAAGGAAACAAAAAUUUGCACAUGUGCAAAGGGCUAUCGUCUGGAUCCAAAGACCAUCCUUUCU